AUGACGACAUGUACCUCCACAGGAAAAUCCCGCGGACUUAGUCUCAAGAGUUUCAACACCUCAAGAGUUUCUAGAGGCACCCCUUCGGAACAAUGGCCCUCAGUGGCUCUCAUUGGAAAAUGUCGUUGGCCUCAAGAUAAAAUUUAUUUAUCGGAAAUUCCAGAGAAACGCACUGUUAUCGCUCAUCCUAUUUCUACUAGAGAAAAGGAAAAUAAUCACAAAUUGACUAAAAGAUGUAGUUCCUUCAAAAAGUUAAAACUAGUUUUCGCAUAUGUCCUGCUAUUUUCUCACAACGCAAUGAACCCUACAAACAAAAUCAGUGGUCCCAUUACGGUACUCGAACUUGAAGCUGCCACUCGAGCAGUAAUUAUCACGACACAACGUGUCAGAUUUUCCAACAAAAUACAUUCCUUAACGAAUGCAGAUCACCUUAGUAUUAAAAGUCGAUUAAUUCCUUUAAAACCAUUCGUAGAUAAACAGGGGAUUCUCAGAGUGGGCGGUAGAUUAAACCACUCAGAUCUGUUCGAAGAAAGAAAACACCCAAUUUUAUUGCCUCCUAAUCACCAUGUCACGCAACUCAUAUUCCGCGAAGAACAUGAAAGAUUAAAGCACGCAGGAACCCAGGCGACCUUGUACUCCGUUCGAGAUAUUUUGUGGCCCUUGAAUGGUCGUAACAUUACGCGACAAAUUAUCCACAAAUGUGUUCGAUGCUUUCGCGCAAGACGACGGGAGAUUGAUUACGUCAUGGGUGAUUUGCCACAAGAACGCGUAUCUCGUUGUCGUCCAUUCCUUAAUGUCGGUGUUGACUAUUUUGGUCCAUUCUACAUUAAGGAAAAAAGAUUUCGAAAUCGCAACAAACUCAAAGUUUAUGUUGCUCUCUUUACUUGUUUAAGCACCAAAGCAGUGCACUUAGAACUGGUCAGCGAUCUGACCACAGAAGCCUUUAUCGCGUCUUUGAAAAGAUUUUUUGCUAGAAGAGGAAUAUCGCAGAAUAUCCACUCAGAUGACGCUACGAAUUAUGUUGGGGCUAAUCGCCAACUCGUUAAAGUCUACGAACUUUUUCAAUCGGAAGAGCAUAAUAACGGGGUGAAGGAAUUUUUAAAUCAUCAAAAAAUUACUUGGAAGUUUAUCCCUUCCAGAUCACCGCACUUUGGCGGUCUCUGGGAGGCAGCAGUAAAAUCAUUUAAACACCAUCUCUCUCAGACAAUAGGUGACGCAUUAUUGACUUUCGAGCAACUAGAAACCUGUAUCGUAGAAAUUGAGGCGAUCUUGAAUUCUCGCCCACUGUCUCCUAUGUCUUCCGAUCCCAUUGACCUGCAACCCUUGACUCCUGGUCAUUUCCUAAUUGGUGGUCCACUAAUUAGCUUUCCCUAG